AUGUCCCGUUUACAAUCCCUAACAAGAUCCACACCGUCCAUCCACCAGCGGUUCUCAAUCCGCCACUUGUCCACCGCACCACAGCCAUCAUCAUCGUCACUCUCGUCUCUGAUCACUGCCUCGAGCUACUCUAAACCUCACCAAAACCCCUCUUAUGGCUCCUUCCUCAAAUGGAUCUCGGGCUUCGCUAUGGGCUCGGGGCUAGGGCUUCUCUACUGGUCUUCUCCCGAUUCGGUCUUGACUUUCGCCGAUUGGUCAACGGUGGUCCCGGGAGAAACUUUGGAGGAUCAGCCUUCGAGUUCCUUGUUUCAGAAACUCUCUUUGCCCGAAAUUACCGCUAGGUUUCUCUUCGGAGGCAAGUCAUUUCUACUUACUUCGAGCAUUUCAAUGCUUAUAGAAGAAAGAUCUUCUUCAACUAUGAGAAACGCAUUAGGUUGCGAAGUCCGCCUGAGAAGCGCCUAA